AUGACUGAUAUACAAACAACAGAACAAACAUCUAUUUGGUCAAGCGCUUCUUCAAAGUCUUCUUCUAUCUCUUCUGUGGAGAUAAGUGACGACCGCAAUAUUCCACCCGAAUUAUUAGCCUCCCUUAGACAACACUCUCUUUUUCAACGCACAAAUAACGAGCAUUUUCUAGAAAAGAUCACUUGUUGUAUGCAUUUAAGAGCUUACGGUCCACGCGAUGUUAUCAUCGUCGAGGGCGAGCCUGCCAAGGCCAUGUUUUUCCUCUUGAGAGGCUCUGUUGAUGUUUGCAGUGCUGACUUUGAACGUAUUUAUGCCACAUUACCCAAGGGCUCGUGCUUUGGUGAAAUUGGUAUCUUAUAUUCCAUGCCACGUACAGCCACAGUUGUUGCUGGUAGUAAAUGCGUUGUAGCUGCCUUAACUGCUGAUGAUGUCAAUGCUAUUUUACCUCAAUAUCCUGAAGUCGAAAAAAUGCUGCGAUUUGAAGCGGAGGAACGCUUAGCCUUGUUAAGAAAGAGCAAGAGCAUGAACGAAACUGAACGUGUUAGCUUCAAGCCUUUGACAGAACGUAAUGUAGAAGAAUUUACAGGUGCUCGUAAUUUAUUGCAAAAGAGUCCGUAUUUCAAAGAUUGCCCAGAAGAAUUCUUACAUUAUAUAUCACUUAAAGUGGAACCUCGCCAUUAUGCGCCCAAUGACUUAAUAUGUAAAAGAGGUGAACAAGGGUCUGAUUUGUUUUUUAUCAUGAAUGGAACUGUAGAAGUGGCUAAUUUAAAUACAGACACAUCAGAUGCGCGGACUCCUGUGGAGCGUUUGUCCGCCGGUGAUUACUUUGGUGACAUUUCUGUGCUUUUAGAUGAGCCACGUGCUGCUGAUGUUCGUGCUGUUACUGCAAUUGAGCUUUAUGUUUUAAGCAAGUCUGAUUUUAUUGGAGCCACUAAUCGUUUUCCUGAAUUGAAACAACGGUUUAAAGAAAUGGCUAAAAAUUCAUUAAACAAUUUAAAGACAAAGCAUUUGAAGCUAAUUUUUGUCUUAGAGUCGCCUACUAUUUCUCCUACACUGGAACAAGCAACUACUUUUACAACAUCCACUAUCACUCCUAGUUCAGUAUGCAGCACAACAAGCGAUCAGGAUCCUACUUUGUUUCUUAAUACAACUGCCAAUGUCUUAAAAGGUAACGAAACGAGAAAAAGAAGAGCAAGCGUUGCUAUCUGGUCUGAUCCAACGUUGGUUCAGCUCGCAAAUCGCCAUCUCAAGCCUUCUAUUGCCGAAGAUUCAAAACUGAAAGAGAGUUUAAGCCCAGUGCCCGACGUAUCCAAGUCUGCUGAUUUUGUUGGUGAUAGUCGACUUGUAUCUCUGAAUGAAGAAAUUCUUGGUCUGAUUGCGAAUCAUUUGGACUUUCUAUCAAUUCUCCAACUAUCUGCUGUUUCAAGAAAAUGUUACGAUUUUGUUAAAAAUAACGAUAAAGUUUUUUCCAAGGUUGAUCUCAGUUCUCUGAACAAACGAGUGACGGAUGAUACUGUUGAUUUUAUUGCAUCAAUUGUAAAUGGACGUGCAAGAGAACUCAACUUGUCACAAUGCUUUUAUGUGACAGAUAUUGGUUUUAAAAGAUUG